AUGCCAUUAGUCUAUUCAAGUCGAGGAUUCGUGUUUGUUCCAUCUCAUUCGAAUAGUUGUAGAUUUCUUAAAUCACGAGAAGCCUUACAACAAUUAAAUCCUAAUGAUCAAAAUAUAUAUAUGAGUAAUCUAGCGGAUAAAUAUUUCGAUCGUCCAUUUGAUAAAGAAUUCGAUAUUUGUAUGGCUGAUUUUGCAUCGAAUUACGAGAUUUUCGCUGUAAAAAGAGUUAGUAAAAAUCCAAGAACACCAAUAAAAUAUUUGAGGACUCUUAACUUUGCUGUCAAAAAACGAGUUGGAAAAUCAGCUAUCAUUCGCUUUCCUCAUUUUCAUCGAGAAAAUGAUACUGAAAACUAUUUUGAAAAUCUCUUAUCUCUCUAUUUACCUAUUCGAAAUCGCAAUGAAUUGAAAAAACCAUACGAAUUGUUUUAUGAAGAAGGAGAAAUGUAUGAUAAUCGAGCAAAAUGUAAUCGAAAAGUGAAAGAUAUCGUUUGUGAAAAUCGAAAGAAGUAUGAAGCUCAUUUUGAAAUGGCUGAUGAAUUGAAGACAAUUUUUGAUGAUUUCUCAACAGAAAGGAAAGAAGAUGAAUGGGCAAGUAUUGUUUGUAACUCAGAAAAAAAUAGACAACUCAAUGAAGAAAUAAUUUGUGAAAAUAAUCCGGAUUUUGAUAUGCUUCGAUAUAAGUCAAAAAAGAAUUUCUUAACGAAUUUGAAGCAGAUGUUUAGAGGAAGCGAUGAGAUGCGACCACUUUUGGAAUGUAUGAACGAAGAACAACAAAAAAUAUUUUACUAUGUUCGCAAUUGGUGUCUACGUCGCUUACAUAAUUCCAGUGUUGAACCUUUGAGAUUAUUUAUCACAGGUGGCGCAGGUACGGGUAAAAGUCAUUUAUUAAAAUGUUUGCAAUAUGAAGCAACGAGAAUAUUUGCACGUAAGAAACAUUUAGAAACAGAUGAGAAUAUUGAUCUAAUUCAUACAUUGAUUACCGCUUAUACAGGUGCAGCAGCUGUAAAUGUUGGAGGUGUAACAAUUCAUAGUGCAUUUGGUUUAAGUAUCAAGUCAGAUCGAUUGCGAGAAUCGUUGUCUUGUGAAAAACUUAAUUCAUAUCGAUGUAAAUUAGGUUCGUUGAAAUUAUUAUUCAUUGAUGAAAUUUCACUUGUUCCAGUUAAUUUAUGGGGAGCAAUACAUGCACGAUUAGGACAGAUUAUGGGUAUUCAGUCGAAUACAGUAUGUUUCGGUAAUAUUGGAAUCAUAACUAUUGGAGACUUUUAUCAAUGUCCACCAGUAGGAUCAUGCAGUAUUUACAAUUCGAUGUUAUGGAUUGAUCAUUUUGAAAUGACUGAAAUGAAUACUAAUGAAAGACAAAAAGAAUGUGGGUCGUUUUCAGAGAUGUUAAAUCGUAUUCGAAAGUUGAAAAAGAAAGAAGAAAUGAUAAAGCAAGACCGAAAUAUUCUUGAAAAAUGUCACCAACGUUAUUUAAAUAAAGAAUACAGUGUACAAGCAUUACAUUUAUUCGCGAAAAAUAUUGAUGUUGAUGAACACAAUAAUGAAAUACUUGAUCGGAUAUGCAAUGAUAUAAAAGUAUUUUAUGAAAUAGAUAAAAAAGGAAAUCAAGUUAAAUUAUGUCAAAGCAGAUAUGGUAAAAUUUUACAUGCACCACUUCGAUUAGCGAAGGACGCACGAAUUAUGAUUACGAAUAAUAUUUGUGUUGCUGAUGGCUUGGCGAAUGGUGUCACAGGACGAAUUGUUGAUUUUAUCGAGAAUAAAUAUAAAGAAAUUGUUCGAAUUGUAAUCAAAUGUGAUUCACCAAGCGCAGGUACUUUGCAUAGGACAAGUUGUCAGCAUUGUCAUAAUCGUGAUACUGUAUGUGUAGAACGAAAUAGUGAGAAUGAUGAUAAAUAUGAAAACAGUUCAACAGAUAGCUCUUUAAAUAAACAAUUCCCUUUAAAACUGAGUUGGGCAAUGACUAUUCACAAAGCACAAGGCCUUACAGUUGAUGAAUUGAUUUUGAGCACUAAGGAUCUAUUCGGUUGUGGUAUGGGUUAUACAGGUUUAUCUCGAAACAAAAGAAUUGAAAGUCUCUUUUUGAAAGAUCUUCAUCUUGAAAAGUUCUAUUGUGAUCCUAAUGUUGAUGCAGUGCUCUCUCAAAUGAAACGAUUGAAAACUGCAGAUCUUUUUAUAGAAAAGUCGGAAUAUUUGAAUAUUCUAUUUCAUAAUAUUGAAGGAUUACAGUCGAACAUAGUUGCACUUCGAAGUCAUUAUUUGACGAAGAAAGCUGCAAUAAUCUGUCUUGCGGAAACGUGGGAAAAGAAGAAUAACAAUGAUGAUGAUAAGGUUUUGGAAAUUGAAGGUUAUCAAUUUCUAGGUCGAACGCGAUUCGAUUCAUAUAAAGAUAAACAUCCAUUGAAAUUAUUAAAGCAUGGUGGUGUUGGAGUUUAUUAUCGAAAUGAUAUUCAGAUCAUCGAUGUAACUCUUUCAGAAGUUAUCAGAUUAGAAUACAUUAUGAUUGAAUCAAUAGAGAAAAAUGUUCUUCUAAUUGUUUGCUAUCGAUCACCACAACAAGAAAAAAAAGAAUUUCUUAAAAAUUUGAAAUAUCUUUUGAAAGCAAUUGAUAUUAAAAAGCGGAUACUAAUCAUUGGAGAUCUAAAUGGAAAUAGUUUAUCCGAUUCAAAUAAAACAAUAUCUAAAGGAUUGCAUGAUUUAGGCUUUAUCAAUAUAUUUGAUCGUGUAUCCACUACAAACGAUCAAACAAGUAUUGAUUGUAUCCAUACAAAUUUCAUUUCGAAAAAGAGCUAUUUUCGAGAGGUGUCUGGAAGCUUUUAUAGUUAUCAUGAACCAAUAUGUAUUUCUGUUGAUUUAAAUGGUACUCCAAUUGAUAUAACAAAAGAAAUAGAAACCGUAGAGAACAUCGAUCUGAAAAUAUAA